GUUUAGUGGAAAAACUUAAGUCAUAUUUAUCAAAAGACUUAGACUUAAGUUUUGUCAUUUUCUGACUUAACUAUUAAGACUCACCUUGCUAGGCUUAAAUCAUGUAUGUUUGACUUAAGUCAUGUAAAAUGGCUGCCAGACGCAAUUCAAGAAUAUUUAAUGAGAGAAGAGAUAUACUACAUUCAUUAGAUGACAAUGAACUGAUACAGCGGUACAGAUUUGAUAGGAACAGUAUUGUUUAUAUCUGUGAUAUCCUUGAGCAGGAGUUGAGUCCUAUAACACAGCGGAGCUGUGCCGUGUCCUGCGUUACGAAGGUGCUUGUUACUUUGCGUUAUCUUGCCACUGGCAAGUUUCAAAUGUGUAACGGUGAUGACCAUGGUCUGAGCCAACCCACUAUAUCUCGGGUGAUUUUCCAAACGCUUGACUCCCUCACAAGUCACCGUAUCCUUCGUAGAUUUGUUACCUUUCCUGUACAACCCCAAGAAAUAAGACGCCAUCAACAGCGCUUCUAUCAGACUGCCAAUUUCCCGGGUAUUGUUGGGGUAAUUGAUGGCACCCACAUUCAGAUUCAGGCCCCAUCAGUCAAUGAGAAAGAAUUUGUCAACAGGCAUAAUUACCAUAGUGUAAAUACACAAAUAGUGUUUGACAGCGACGAUCAUAUAAUCGACAUCGUUGCACGUUGGCCUGGCUCAACACACGACUCCCGCAUUUUGACAACAAGUGGGUUAUGUCAGAUGUUUGAGGGGAACCGGCUACCAGUAAGUUGUCAUCUGCUUGGAGACAGUGGCUACCCUUGUCGGAGAUGGAUCCUAACACCAUUUUUGCGUCCUCUCCAAGGACCACAGACAAACUACAACAGAUCACAUAAGAAAACAAGGAGUUGUGUGGAGAGGGGAAUUGGGCAGCUGAAACGUCGGUUUCAUGUUUUACAUGAGGAAAUCAGACUUUCCCCACAGAAGGCGUGCAAGGUAUAGAAAUUAGAAAAUGUUUUCAUUUCUUUUUAUUCAAUUUCAGUAAAAAAUGGAGAGUCUUCAUAGACUUACACUUUAAUGGAAUUAUUUCUUUUUCACAUUAUUAUUGUCAGGACUAGAUAUACUGUA